AUGUCUCUAGAUUCCACCGAAGGAAAUAAGUUUGGAAACGGAAUUCCUGGCCGUCCCGGAAAUCCCAUUCAACUAUUAGAAUAUGUAAGUUCCGAGGAUGAAAGUUUUGGGAAAAUCGUAAUCAAUGAUGCCGCGCUUAGAAUAAUUAAUAAUAUUCGUGAGCCCGUGGCCAUCAUAGCGGUUGUGGGAUCUUAUCGGCGUGGUAAAUCUUGGUUUGCUAAUGUACUUCACGGACGUCACGAUGGAUUUGAACUCGGCUCCAAGGUCGAAGGAUGCACUCGGGGCAUAUAUAUGUGGGAUAGCCCCUUUAUCUACGAAGGAAAACGCGUUAUAGUGCUCGACUGUGAAGGCAUCGAUGAUCCUAAUCAGGAACAAGCUUGGGCCGUCAAACUUUUCAUCCUCUGCCUAAUUGUCUCGUCCACUUUUAUUUAUAAUAUAAGCGGGAUUGUUGGACGAGACGAUAUCGGAAAACUUUAUCUAAUGACAGACUUGACUAAAUUCAUUCAACCACCAACUGGCUACGAUUUUUUACCAAGAUUGGUUGUUUUGCUAAGGGAUUUUCAAUUGGAGGAACCUGAUGAUUUCCGAAAAUACUUUAUUGAAAAGUUAAAUAAUGUCAAUGAAGAAAUCGCAAAAUCGAUUAAGAAUUAUUUUCACGACUUUAACGUCUUUGGAUUACCACAUCCUGGGUGCAAUCGUUCCCAAUUAAGAGACAUGGAGAAUGUUGCAACUGAGAAUUUAGACAAAGAAUUUGUCGACAUAGUGGUAACCGUUGUUCGAUCGAUUUACUCUAACCUCAACCCUAAAUAUAUCGGUUCAUCUACCAUGACUGGGAUGUCAUUUGGUAAAUUCCUGGUGGAUUGUGUCGAAAAAAUGAACGAUCCCGAGAAUUCUGAACAGUUGUCUAUUCCAUCGGAAUACGAAACGGUCAUUCAAUAUAUGUCUCACAAAGCAACCGAUAAAUGCAUUGAAAUUUACGAGUCAGGAAUGAACGAAGAAAUAAGAGGACGCGUACCAAUAUUAUGGGAUGAAUUUGAUGACAUCCAUAAUAAUUAUUAUAAUAAGGCACAGGAGGAAUUUCAUAAUAUGAUCAUCGGUUCAUCCCAACAAGUCAUUGAUUUCAUCGAUGGUUUUAACGUUCAAAUUCAAAAAGUAAAAGAGAAGUAUGUCAAGAUAAAUUCUGAAGCACUUCAUGCCUAUAACCAUGAACUAGCGGAAAAUCUCUGGAAAACCCACAUCAAAUGUAGAUUAAACAAAGAAAAUUUAUUUAAGGAUAAAGCCGAAUUUGAUGCGGCCGAAGAAGCCUUUAGAAAUGAUUACCAAAAUCAGAUGAUGGCUUCACCUGAAGCCGGUGCCGCAAUUACUGAAUUUCUGGAUGAUAACUAUAGCCAUGCUUUAGAAAUUCUCACUGAAUUAGGUACCUUAAAAGAAGAACAAGCGAAUGCAUUACGUAGGUUGGAAGAAGCUCAAAAAGAAAGUAUUAAAGCUCAAGAACGAGUGAUCUCGCUAGAGACUGCAAUUAAACAAGGAUCACUAGAGGGGAAACAACAGGCCGAGAAGUUAGAGCGUAAAAUGAAUGACAUGGCGAAAAACAUUGAGAAUCAAAAAUCCCAAAAUGAGGAACUGAAAAAGCAGCUGUUAGAUCAGCAAAGGCAAAUGGUAGAACAACAGAAAGUGGUAGCAGUUGAAAGAGAAAAACAUAUGCAACGAAUGAUGGAACGAGAACGAGAAGCCGCAGCUGAAAGAGAAAAAAUUAUGCAAAGAAUUUAUGAACAAGAAAAAGAAUCUGCAGCAAGACGAGAAGCUUUGUUAUUAAGGCAACGUGGGUCUGGAGGAGGUGGUGGUUGUCAAAUACUGUAA